UGUAAGUGGAGUCUCAUUGCAGGAGGCGACUAUGAUGGUUUAAUUAAAUGUAUUGUCCAGGGAGAUGUUCUCAGGACAUAGUCACGGGACAAAGGAGAUGUCCCACUGGAUAUUCCAGAUAGAACCCAAUCGGAAGAAACUUGAUUACAAGUUGCCAACAAAUGAGAUUUGAAUUACUUUGCGGGAAAUGUGGAUUAAUCUCAGUCGGCGGGAGAUGGGAGAAAUACCCGGGGAGUUUCAUAGGUGGUCGCGUGGAUGCAUCAUCCAUCAUAAAUCAGCAGGAUACCUGUCUCCUCGUGCAGCCUCUGAUCACUGCGGAGUAAGACUAAUGGGAAAGGAGGGAACGUUUUCUGAGCAACACCGAGAGUGUGCGGAGACACAGGCAUCGUCCUCUGCCACACCGCACGCCUCUGUAAAGAAAAAGCUGUUGCUCGCGGGAAGUGCACGCCAGAAAACAACACACGCACUCAAGUCUCCCACAUGCCCAGAAAACGCAGCGUUUGCCAGUUCCCCCUUCCCGAUCCAGUGCGUGGUUCAUUCCAGCGCCUCUGUAUCCUCAGUGCGAGGUGUCUCUCCGCUGUCAUCAACACUGAGCCAGGCGGUUUCAAUCAGUCCUCUGACAAGAGCAGCCAAGUGAAUUUCGAUGGAGAGGUUGAGACCGAGCAGAGAUCUUCUCGUGCAGGACUGCCGCGUGCCGAACUGUUGAUGGGAAUGCAUCAACUGUCUGCAGAAACUCUGUCUGAAUCGUCUUGGCCCUUGGCUGCGGGGGCCGUGAGCAGCUACCAUGACGUACCCCAACACCAGCAUACUAACAGCCAACUUCAGUGGAGCUUUGGACGGCCAUGACUCGGGGGGAAACAUUUACCGGCCCUUCUCUGUUUUCAGUGUGCUCACUCUUACUUUGCUGGCGAUGCUAGCGGUGGCCACCUUUGUCUGGAACUUGCUGGUGCUGGUGACCAUCCUAAGGGUGAGGACAUUCCACCGGGUCCCCCACAACCUUGUGGCUUCAAUGGCAAUAUCCGACGUGAUGGUGGCCGCCCUGGUCAUGCCUCUAAGUCUCGUCCAUGAGCUGAACGGCCGGCUGUGGAAACUGGGCCGUGUGCUGUGCCAGGUGUGGAUCUCCUUUGACGUGCUCUGCUGCACGGCCAGCAUCUGGAAUGUGACGGCCAUCGCGCUGGACCGCUACUGGUCCAUCACCAGGCACCUGGAGUACACGCUCAAGACACGCAAAAAAAUCUCCAAUGUGAUGAUCGCUCUGACGUGGCUGCUGUCCUCCAUCAUCUCCCUGUCGCCUCUCUUCGGCUGGGGGGAGACCUACUCAGAGGGGAUGAAGUGCCAGGUGAGCCAGGAGCCGUCCUACACAAUCUUCUCCACCUUCGGAGCGUUUUACCUCCCUCUGUGCGUGGUGCUGUUUGUUUAUUGGAAGAUCUACAAGGCUGCCAAGUUUCGGAUUGGCUCCCGCAAGACCAACACGAUCACACCAAUGGCUGAGGUAAAGGAGGAAACACAGCAGCCACAGAUGGUGUUUACUGUGCGACACGCCACCGUGACCUUCCAGACAGAUGGGGACACGUGGCGCGAGCAGAAGGAGAAAAAGGCGGCGCUGAUGGUAGGCAUUUUGAUUGGCGUGUUUGUACUUUGCUGGAUUCCCUUCUUCAUCACCGAGCUCAUUGUGCCGCUGUGCUCCUGCGACAUCCCGCCCAUCUGGAAGAGCAUCUUCCUGUGGCUGGGCUACUCCAACUCAUUCUUCAACCCGCUCAUAUACACCGCCUUUAAUAAGAACUACAACAACGCUCUGAGGAACCUCUUCUCCCGACAACGCUGAGACAUAGACACAGACUUGGCAUACUCAGCUGACGCACUACACCAGCACGCACUCCACAGUGUUACUCCUCCAGACAGACCAGGACUAAUCUGUCACUCCAUCAUCGCCCAGGUGGAUGAUACGUAUGAACUGUGUCUGGGGAAAAAAAACUGUCUUUAAAAAUGUGACAUUUUUAUUUAGGUCGUGUUUUGUUUAUUAAGAUGCUGUAGUAACCUCACAUCUGGACUAAGACAGAUGUUUGAAAUACUGUAUCUACAAAGAAGAAGAAUAAAUUGGUGGUGCUGUGGCAGGAGCGGAUACAGCGUUGUCUACAUGUUGGUUUUCUCUCUGUCAUUUCAGGCUUAUUAGGGUGAAAGUCAUAUUAACUCCCUCGUAAACAUUUUCAUCAUCAUGUGUGAGGCUGCUGGGGAUAAUUUCAAAGAAGAGCUGGAAGAAAUGCUCAAGAAAAGGCUUUUAGAACUGAACAAAAUGAACCUCAUAAAUAAUAAACAAGGAACAAGCUGUGGAUCGUUUUCUAAACUAGACAACAAAAGGCUCAUCAUGGAAGAUAUGAUUUCAAAGUAAAAAAUGUGAUUUGAUUGUAGAAAGGAAGGAUUUGUAGGACCUGAAAUCUCUCCAGUAAGGUGGUAAAAUGUUCAGAGACCCCCACCUUAUAGCUAGGUACACAUGAACUGUCAGGCUUCACAUGCAAUUUAUUCAUACAUUCCUCUAGGUAAAUACUGUAUGCAGUCUCUCCUCUGAUGCUGACUAGCUAUAGAGCAAUUCUCCUCGAACAUACGCCCACACGAUCUCAUGCCUUUUAUGAUGGCAGGAAAACAGCAGCACAAGUGAUCAUUUCCAUCGUCUUUGAAUGGAUGCAUUAUUGAGUAACAGUGGCCACAAAUGACCACCUCACCUCAGACGAAGUAAUUAUGAGAUACAGAAGAUGUGUGGACUGGUGUUGAGCUAUUUAAAGCAUUAUCACAACAACCCAUUCUAUAGCCUGAGGAGACAGUUAAUAGGGACACAUGUUGCUUUAUUGUACAGGGAAACUAAAGUGCUGAGACGAUAUAGGUUUUAAAGUAUGACUUAUAGUGUUAUACUGUCCCUGGGGAGGUAUGGGACUAAGAGAAGCCAAUGUUAAGCAAUACAAAUAUACCUAAUGGGCUUAGCACAUAAAACUUGUGCUGAGUCUAGUGAUGUUUUCCAGUUGUGGGUAUUUAUUUUAUUUAUGUGGGUUUGUUAUGUGACCCUCCUAUUCCCUGCACAAAUUACCACUUUAUACUGGAGGUGGACACCACUAUAGGAUAUGUAAAUGAAACUUCAUUGUAUUGUUAAAUAUACUGUAAUGUGUGGACUCAAGCAUGACAAAUGUAUCCUCAGCAAAUAGUUGUGCUAUAUGUAAUUGAACUACUGUUGGAGAGCAACAGCAAAGUAUUUUGCACAAAUCUCAUAAAAUGUUAUCUAUUUAUACAUAUUUUUUAAUGGGAGAAGAGGCAGCUGUGCAGCUGUCCAUACUAGCUAUUGUCGCUGUCCAUUGAAAACUGUGCAUCUCCAAAUUAGGUGAUUCUGUAUUCUUUAGAUAAACUGAGGGAUGUAGUCUUCCUAUUGUUCAAGAAAAUGAUCUUCAUCUUGAGCUAACUAAAUCCUUCAAAAGACUAAGAGGCUACUGCUAUGCUAGCUGUGAUGGUGUGAGCUAAAUGCUAACUUUAGCAUGCUAACAUGGUCAUAGUGGCAAUGCUAACAUGCUAAUGUAUAGCAGAUGUUUAUCACGUUCACCAUUUUAGUUUAGUAUGGUGUUUAGGUCAACCUCUUGACCACAGCGCAGUGCUUUGAAUCACAUGCUAACAUUUUCACAGUGACAAUACUAACACGCAGCUGUUAGCAGGUAUGAUGUUUACCAUGUUGAUCAUUUUAGUUAUGCGUGCUAAUAUGCUAACAUUUGCUGAUUAGCGCAAAACAAAGAACAACUGAGGCUCGUAGAAAUAUUAGUUUUGUGCGAAAAGCAAUAGGAUUCCUCCUUUUGGGACCAUGGAUAUCAAAUUCCAUGGCAAUGUAUCAACAGAGAUACAUAGUUUUCACAGGACAGCAGCACUGUGUGGAUUAAAUGCUACCAUUAAAAUAAUUUUUAACAGAUUUUUGUGCACAAAGUUAGACUGUAAAAGAAUUGCAUGGAUGUGGAAAGUGAGUAAUUUUCCAUUUAGGCUUAAUUAAUUAUGAAUCUGCACAUGGUCUCUAGCUGACCUCAGCCUUUUCCCGUAAUAGUAAAAAAUAAAUAAUUCAGACUAUACAACAUUAUCAAGUAGAACAGAUAUAUCAUAAUGUAAUAUAUCACAAUGAAGGACCAUAAAUAUAAGUGCAAAGAAAAAAUAAUCCACAAAUUGUUAUGGUUGAGUAAUAAUAUUCUGUGGGAAACACUGAAAUGCAUACAGACAAAAAUGGUAAUCAUUAUUCUUACAUUCUUUCAGAUAGGGUGAAGUAAAUGACAGCACCGGUCUGUUCUCGCCUGGCACUUCUUUCAUGUAUUAAUCGUAUGACUUGCUGGUUGACUUGAGUCAAUGCCAUUCAGCGGGAUUCACUUAUUUAAAUGACUUCUUACUGCUCUCCACAUUGCCCCGAGGACGGUUGAUUAUUCAGCCUUCGCCCCUUUUAGGUCUUGUUCUAUGUGACGACCCAUCUCAGGAAAUAAGGAAAGAAAAAAGUGUUGCAGUAAUGUUUACCAUUCAUCCAUGUUUCCAUUUCUCAUGUACAAAAGAGAUAAAAAAAAAAUAAAAAAAGAAGAAAAGGAAUGAAAGACCAUUAGAUCUGUCAGAGGCACUUCUUGGAAAUUCAUACGUAUUCAUAUCUUUAAAAAAACCCAAGAAAAGUAGAAUUUUGAAUGGUCCAUCAUGUGUAAAUGUGUCAGUGUUUUUUUCAGUGUCUGCAUGUUUUCUUCCACAUAAGCCUUGGAUGAUAAAACUUACAAUAAACAUCCGCUUAAUUUGUGAUA